GGGAGCAAGGCCCCUCCCCAGAGACAGAUGCCCCAGAGGCCCCUCUCUCCGGAUCACGCCCACCCCCAGCUCCACCAUGCACCCCCAGCUCCUGCCCCUGGCCCUCGCCCUCCUGGUAGCGGUGCCACCAGGGGCUCAGGCAGGCAGGAACCAUCCGUCUCUGGAGUUCGCAGGCACAGAGGUGACGGCAGAAGCCGGCUCAAUUGUGAGUCUCCCCUGCAACCUGACGGGGCCGAGCCUGAGGUGGCGGUGGGUCCCGCGGUACCCGGUCUGCGCUGGUGUCAGCAGUGGGAUACAGACGAUCUACACAGCGACGUCAGCUGGGGCACACAACGCUCCGGAGGGGAGAUUUCAGAAGCGGCUGCGUCUCCUAACGAGUCAGGGAAACCGAACCUACGUCCUCGAAGUCCAAACCCUCCACAUGAGCGACUCGGGCUCCUUCUUCUGUGCCAGCCCCAGCCAGAACGCCACGCCGAUCUCCGUGACCAUCACGCUCGGCUGCCUGGCCGGGGUGUCCAUCGCCGCGGUCCCCAAGGAGCCGGUCGUGGAGGGAGCGCCUGUGUCCCUCUCCUGCACCCCCUGUGGGGCGCAGGGACCCACGUCACCCCCAGCAGGGGGCGCCACGUGGCAGCUCAAUGGGAAGCUGAUAUCGAACUCCACAGCCCUUCGGAUCCUGAGGACCAAGGUGACGAUAAAGAAUUUCUCCAGCCGGUUCGAGGGUCUGUGGAGCUGCCACCUGCCUGGGGAUCCCCCCCCGGUCUGGGGACUACUGCCUGGAGCGUGACCCGGGGGGGCACGGGACCCAGGAGAGCACCAGCCCCACCCCCACCAGUUCAGACGCCGGCACCCCAGGCGCCCUCCUGCCUCUGAUCGGGGGCUUUGCGGGGGCCGCUCUGGUCCUGGUCCUUGUGUGUGUCAUUGCUGUUAUUUGCUAUAGGAGGCGCCGGCCCAAGGACGCCAG